GGGAGACAUCCACUUAAGGGUUGCAAGUGGGGUAAAUGUUUUGUGGCGCUUACAUUUCUCUCUUGCCUGGGUACAUUGAUACACUCCUGAACUUGCAUCAAUUGCUAAUUUUUGCUAUUUUACAUCGACGUUGGGGCAACAUGUCGGUUGCGUCUGCAUCAAUACAGUUUUUUACUCGUUUGUUACGAUAUCGAACGAAAUGUGGCGUUCCGUUUCACGCAGCAUCUAGGAUUUUAAUAUCACCAUACCUGCCCCAGGUCUUUGGCGGUAAUAAGGUGCUACUGGGCACCUGUGCACAGCCACUCAGGUCAGAGGAGAAGGUGACUGUCUAUUUCAUCAACCGCGAUGGGCGGAAGAUCACCACUUCGAGUGCCAAGGGCGACAGUCUUCUAGACCUGGUGGUCGAACAAAACCUAGAUAUUGAAGGUUUUGGUGCGUGUGAGGGGACCCUGGCCUGUUCCACCUGUCAUGUGAUCCUGGAUCAGAAGGUGUACAACCAGCUGGGGCCCAUCACUGAUGAGGAGAAUGAUAUGCUGGACCUGGCCUUUGGCCUCACUGAUACGUCUCGUCUGGGUUGUCAGGUCUGCCUAUCCAGAGAUCUGGAGGGCAUAACGGUCCGUGUGCCAGACCGGGUGAACGACAUGCGGCGGUCUGAUGAUGCUGGACCUACUACACUGUAAAGCAUCUUGUUUUUACAGGAUUAUACAAAAGUAACAGUAAAGUACUAUAUUAAUGAUUAAUUGCCCUAAAUUGAAAUGCAAUCUGGGUGGUUUUAGGUGUAACUGAUUAAUUGAUACUAUACAAUUCCUAAGAAACUUGGUUUAACAGUACAUUCCUGUUAAAAAGUGCUAUAUUUCCAAUGGUUCUGUAAUUCCACCCCACAGAAUACUGUACCCUUCCCUGUAGUGGGUUCAUGGUAUUGUUAUUUUCAUUAACAAAUUAUGAGGUGUGCCUUGUAAGAGGCUGCAACGUUGCAUUUGUUCCACCGGUUAGUGAGCGUGAGGUACCAAUUUAACUGAUACAGUGGUAGUAGUGCCUCAACAAUUGAAUGUGCAUACAGUAGGGGACAGAUUGGAGUGGCAGCAAGUCUUAAACCUUUAAUGGUUUAGUAUUUGCCAUGUUCUUUGGUCUGUUUUACCCUGCAUUCACUGCCAGUUUAGAAGCCUUUGUUAAGGUCUCUAGAAGUGCAACUGAUAUACAGUACCAGUCAGAAGUUUGGACACACCUACUCAUUCAAGGGUGUUUCUUUAUUUUUACUAUUUUCUACAUUGUAGAAUAAUAAUGAAUACAUAAAAACUAUGAAAUAACACAUAUGGA